AAAAUCAACAAAGGGCCUACAGCACCAAAGAUAGUGCCAAAGUGUAUGGUUUUGAAUGCUCGGUGCCUGGCAAAACCUGAUACAGUUCCGGCUCUUUAUACUGAGCUUAGUAACAAUAAAAUUGAUACCGUAUUUCCUCGAAUAAUAGCCGGGAGCGAUGACUAUUUUUUUGCCACAAAAAGGGGUCGAUUAUUUGAGGGGGCGAUUAUUUCAAAUAUUGCUCACUGGAGGUCGUGCCCUAAAUAUUUUGUUUUAUUAUUCUAUUAAACCGAAAAUUGAUAACAUCAAAUAAACAGAACAUGGGACUUUUAAAUGUUCCAAAUUAUUUUGGUUAUUUGAUUAAUUUUCAAUGCCAACAUGCUCGGCACCCGAGCUUGAAUUGUCACUAAUCAGUUUUGCUGGAUCAGGCUCCACUUGACAGGGAGGGGAUAAAAGCAAGAGAAGAUGGCGAGAGGGGUGGGGGUGGGCGAUUAUUGGAGGGAGGCGAUUACUUUAAACAUUUCGGUCUAAGGGGGCGAUUAUUCGAGGGACGGCUUUUAUUCGAAGACUAUUUUGUUUCGGAGUCAUGGUUGAGUAUGAUAAUCUUGUCACAUUCGAAUGGACCAGAGGGCUAUAUUACGCUAAGGAAAGAUCGAGCUGGCUCGCCAAUCGGUGGUGGUGUUGCUAUUAUUUGUCGAAAUGAUUGGAAGGCUAAAGCGUUGAAUGUCACUGAUAGCUUGGAAUUUGAGUCUUAG